CUUAGACCACCACCAAGUAACUUUCACGAUGCCGAAAUUAACGGAAUAUGAACUUGAGCGACAGGCUAACAUUGCCCGAAACCAAGCACUUCUUGAAUCUCUCAAUCUCAAGGAGGCAGCGGCGAACCUCGUAUCACGGAAACGUGAACUGGAGAAGCAACCCAAAGCAAAGCCUAUCCAACCCGCGAAAAGGGUGAAACGGGAGGUGUCUAGUGUUCCUGAACCUAGGCGACAGUCACUUCGUCUGCGAAAGGAAGUUAUUGAUCCUAAUUUGACUCCAGAGGAGAGACGGAAACGAGAGGCUGAAGCGGAGAAGAGACGCAAACAAGAAGAGGAAGAACGUCUCGCGGCAGAAGAACGGGCAAGAGAAGCAAAACGUCCCAGACACCAUGACCUCGAUUUAUCAACACUCAUGGAACCAGAAGGAGCAACGGAGGGAGAAAAAUCCGAUCUUAAAUCUACUCUACAAUCCAUAGUGCAGACACCUCAGCCACGCCGGAUUGCAGCACGCGACGCUUUCGUUUACGACGAUGACGCGAGUGAGAAGGUAGAAAUUGAGCGUCUGCGAGAAAGUUUGCAGAAAAUGAAAAUCGUCAGUCGUGCUAAAGUCACGCAAGACCGAAUCUAUAGCGCUGCUUUCCACCCGGAGAAAUCAAAAGAUCUUAUAUUCUUUGGUGACAAACACGGGCAACUCGGGAUUUGGGAUGCAAGAGCCCCUCCUGACGAAGUGAAAGUAGAGGACGGAGACGUGCCAGUUGUUGACGACCGAGAAGGAGGGAAGUAUUGGCGCCUGCAGCCGCAUUGGCCUGCGACGGCUAAAUCCUCUUUAUCAUGCAUAAAGUUUGAUCCAGUCGAUUCUCACAGCGUCUUCACUAGCGCAUACGAUUGCACUAUCCGCAGUACCGCAUUCAAUACCGGAAUUUCGCGCGAGGUAUUUUCUGUGGAAGGCACCCUUAUCUGCAGCUUCGAUUUACCGCCAAAGGGCCAAGAGAUGUGGGUAUCGGAUGCCGAGGGUGGUUUGUCGCACGUCGAUUUACGAGAAGACAAGUCAAAGGCUCGUCGCUGGUACUUGUCGGACCAAAAGAUCGGUUGUAUUAGUGUCAACCCAACUGAUCCGGAAAAGUUGGUGGUUGCGUCGAAUAGCAGAAAGUUAACAAUAUGGGAUGCAAGAAAGCUUGGUGACAUGCCGCUUAACUUGCUCAGUAAGGCGGAUUAUCCACCAGCCUAUGAACCCGAACAAUUAGAGAAAUACAAGCAAUCGAAGGGCAAGGACAUGUUACUCGGAGAAUGGCGGCACAACAAGUCAGUCAGUGCAGCGUACUGGGAUCCAAGAGGGAGGAGUAUCGUUAGCACGUGUUAUGAUGACAAUCUGCGAAUAUGGGACGUCGGUGAUGAGCUGAACAGAGGAGGCGCAUUUCGCUCCUUCAAGCCGUUCUGCAAUAUCAAACACGACUGUCAGACAGGGAGAUGGGUCACUAUCUUCAAAGCACAGUGGUCACCUAAUCCCGACGCAUAUCCACACUUCACGAUCGGUAACAUGAAGCAUUCCUUGGAUAUCUUUAGUGGCAAGGGUGACCUCCUCGUGCGGCUGUAUGACAGCCAGAAAAUAUCCGCCACGCAAGCAGUCACCUGCUCUCAUCCGAGUAUCGUCGAGAGGGCAGCAUCUGGAAAUGCGAGUGGACGAUGCGUGCUAUGGGGCCCCGCGGACCUGUCGGAAUGACCAGGGUAAAAUAUCUAAAG